AUUUUACUUGAUCUAGCUUUGAACAAGGACAUAGUUCGUUUUCUGCGUUGAUCAUUCCGUUCCACUAGCCAAAAGAGUACACGCAUAAGUCACACCCUAAAAAGACGGACCGAAUUUCUGUGUUCAGCUAAACAGCAGUGCCCUCAACUUCACCAAACAUGACUAACUAUAAACUGGUGUAUUUCAAUGGCAGGGGUAGGGCAGAGAGUAUCCGCUACAUCUUUAAGCUUGCUGGGGUCAAAUUUGAAGAUCAACGCUUUGAAAUGAAUGAAUGGCCGGCUCUGAAACCAACCAUCCCGACUUUCCAGCUUCCCAUGUUAGAGAUUGAUGGCAAGAGGAUCCUUCAGAGCAAGUCGAUCAUCAUGCACCUGGCCAGGAAAUAUAAUCUUUAUGGCAAGGAUGAAUUUGAAGGUAUGUGCAUCGAUAUGAUCGUUGAUACGGCUGACGAUGUCGUACCGCCAUGGGAUCUUAUCUUCUUCUCUACCACUGACGAAGAAAAGGCGAAACACACCAAGAACUUCCAGGAAGUUGAGAUUCCGUUGAUUUAUUCGCGACUUGAGCGCCUACGAGCUCUUGAGCACAUGCAUGCCGGGGACUACUUCGUCGGAAACAAGUUGACUGCCGCUGACAUCCAUUUCAUCUCCAUGGUGGAGGUAGCCAACGUCUAUUUCCCCGACUCCCUGGCCAAGUUUCCCAAGCUGAAGGCGGUUUUCGAUCGAGUUACCUCUAACCCGAUCAUAGCCGAGUGGCGCAAGGCACGACCAGUCACACCCUGGUAAUCACAGUGGGCCCCCUUCUUACAGCAUCAUUCCUACCAGAUUCCCCGGUUGAAUCGAAAGCAAGACUGCAUCCGCAAGCUACGCUGGCAAGCAAUGGCCACUUGAAUGGUUCCAUACAUUUAACUGCUUAGCAACCGACACUGUAGUGACGCAUAGGAGAAUAUGUGUUGCGAGUAUUUGUUUUGUCCAGUCAAUGGCACGAUUUAAAAUUUCUAAGCGUCAGGUGGUUCUUGAAUUGCUUUAAAUUUGAGCUUUUAACUUUUAUAGUUCCUAAGAAAAGAACAUGAAUAACCUCGGGGCAUUUGUUUCUGUUUAAAAAUUGAAAAUGUUUCACUGGAUCACCGACUGAUCAGUUUAGCUUCUGCAUUCUGGGAAACGAUGCGUCGUUUCGAUGUGACAAGUUCAAAAGAACGAAACUUGAAAGGGCAUUUAUAUAGUUUUUUUUAGAUAAGCUUUAAGACACGUUCGAAACAUUCUAGAGCUGGUGAGUGUGUUGAUUAAGUCUGUGUGGCAAUUCCUUUAAGACAUUGCAAAAUGAAUCAAGUCAUUUAACAGAAAAAUUUAAAGGAACCAGGAAAUGAAUUUUUCCUGGAAUCACUUUUUGUGUAUCUCUG